AUGGCUGGAGAAAUACGUGACCAGCAACCAAAUCCUUGGAGGAACCAUCUUGAUGAGCCGCCUUUGGACGAGGUCCAAGACCGCAUACCACGAGAAGGCCUUGGACCGGAGCUUAACCGAGCCGAUGGGCUACACCGAGGAGACUUAGGCGAUCACCAAGGAGGGGAGAACCAAGAGACCGUUGGAGACAGUGACUCUAGACCAGAGCUUCUCCAAAGCCGUAGCCCUAUCCGGACUUACGAGGGCCACCAGUUUGAGAUCAAGCCGCGAGUCAUUGCUUUGGUAAAACAAAGUCAAUACCACGGGCUUAUCGAAGAAGAUCCGUUGGAUCAUGUCGAUUCUUUUGAAGAAUUGUGCAGCACAACUAGUGCAAAUGGAGUUCCGGGCGACUACUUGAGAUGCCGGCUCUUUACUUUUACCUUGGCGGGAAAAGCACUCAAGUGGCUCAAGUCUCUCCCGUCUCGCUCAAUCACUACAUGGAUGGAGUUCAAGAAAGCUUUUCUUGGUCAGUUUUAUACAAAGCAGCGGACUAGUUUGAUGAGGAGCAAGAUCGUUGGCUUUCAGCAAGGGCCAAUAGAGCCGUAUCAUGAGGGAUUGGAGCGCUUCAAGGAAUACAUAAGAGAUUGCCCACAACAUGGCUUCUCGGAAGUAAACUUGUGGAACACGUUUUAUGAGGGAAUAAGGCGCGAGCACAAGCUGUAUCUUGAUAUAGCUAGCAACGGGAACUUCAUGAGUAAGUCCAUAGAGGAAGCCAAAACAUUGAUUGAUAACUUAGCGGUCAGUGACAGCAAGAAUCAACCGAGCUAUGAAGAAACGAUCAAGGCAAUCAACGCGAGACCGGGACUAGUUGAGUUUGAGGAGCUGAAGUCCAUGAUCGCUAAGCUUUUGGAGAGAGAACCGGAGCAUCGCUUGAGCCCCCGUGAGAGCAAGAUACAACGGACCAAGGAGCAUGGAGGAGAGCUCAAGGCCUUGAUCUAUGAGUUCAUUGGUGAACAGAGAAGAGCGAACAAGGAGAUCAACGAGAAGAUACACUAUGUGUAUCACGACUUGAACAAUAAAUUUGGGUCGCUGGAGUCGCACAUCAAGGAGCUUGAUCUUCAAAUAGCAAACAUAGCCGGUACAAUCAAGAAACCGCUUGGAGUCCUCCCUGGUCGAACUGAGGCUAACCCCAAGAAGGAACAUAUAGCGGCCAUCACCCUUAGGAGCGGUACGCAGUUAGACGAAGUGGAGAUGCCACCGGAGCUCAUAAGGAAAGAACCUCAACCGGAGCCAAAAGUGCCCUACCCCGGAUCAGUGAAGAAGCCCAAGAAAGAGAAAGAGCAAGCAAAGUUGAAGGACCUUGUGAGCCAACUAAGCGUAAGGCUCCCUUUUGUCGAUGCUUGCAUGAUUAUUCCAUCAUUGAGGAAGUAUAUGAAGAGCAUACUCACUAGCAACUUGAGUCUAGAAGAGGGAGUGAUGUUGAUAACAGAAGAUUGUAGCCUAGCCCUCCAAAACAAAACCCCGGAGAAGCUUGACGACCCGGGGAGCUUUGUUCUCUCAUGCCAAAUCGGAGGUACGAUCUUUAAACGCUGCCUUUGUGACUUAGGGUCUAGCGUGAAUCUUAUGCCCUAUACAGUGGCCAAGCGCCUUGGCAUAACAAGCUUUAGACCCACAAAGAUUCAGUUGGUCUUUGCUGAUCGAUCGGUGAGGCGGCCCAUUGGCAUCGUGAGUGAUGUACAAGUCAUGAUUGGGCGACCUUUCUUAGCCACAGCCGGCGCCAUUAUUGAUGUCAAGGGAGGAAAGAUAGACUUACACUUGGGAGACUUGGUAAUGAAGUUUCAAAUUGACAAAACUUUGGAAAAGCCAACUAUCGACGGGUUCUCUUUCUUGGUGGACAAUUUAAGUGAGGUGUCUGAAGGAGUGUAUGAGGAGCUGAUAAUGGACGACCCCUUAGAAGUGGCACUAACCCGUGUGGAGAAAGAAGGAGGCUAUUUCAGUAGAGAAGCGCGAGACAUAGCCAAGUCACUCGAUAACGCGGAGACUUACAAAAGCUAG